AUGUCUUAAUAAAUUGAACUUAGUUUUAGAACUAAGGCAAUUCUAACUCCUAAAAUGAUUAAUUCAGUCUAAAAAUUAGUAGCUAAAGUCAUUUAUGAAGAACUAUUUAUAUUCUUUGAUGCAGAAAAAAAAAUUACAGGACAACAUCUCAGAAAACCAUGCGAUUUUGAACAAAACUAAUUCUAUCAUUUUCCAUGUUCUAAAGGGAUAACUCUUGAAGAAUUAAUAAUUUAAAAAACAAACCUAUCAAUAGAUGAAAUAAAAGAAAUAUUUAAGUAAGUACUUAUAGGAUUAUAUGUAUUACAUCAAUAAGGGUUUUUAGGUCGAUGUUUCACUCUCUAAAAUAUUUAUAUUUAUAAAAACUAAAUAGAACUUUCAGCUUUUGGAUUUUAUCCUAAUUUACAACUGACACCACCUGAAUUUCUAUAGAAUUAAACUUAUUCAUUAGGAAUUGAUAUGUGGUUAUUGGGAUGUCUACUUUAUCAAUUAUUAACAUCAAAUAUUUUACAAAACUUUAAAACCUUCGAAGAAUACAAUAAUUUUUAUUCUUAAUUGAAUAAGAAAGUGUUAUAAAAAGAAUUAGCUUCAAUUCUAGUGAAAAUGUUAAAUCCAUCUGAACAAAAACGAAUAACUUUUGGAGAUUUACAUUCUCUCUUCAAAUGUGUUCCUCAAAAUGAUCACAUUCGUGAAUUUUAUCGUACUCAAUUAAGUCUUGUUCAUAUUGCUAUAUCAAUUCAAUAAAGAGAAAGUUUCAAUCCUGAAUGGGCAGUUGUAAUUAAUAUUAAUUUAAACCAUAGCCUAAAGAAUUCAAUGAAAAACCUAAAAUUAAAAUCUUUCCAACUAGACAUUUAAAAUAAAAUGAACAUUUCUUACACGAAGAUCCAGAUCCUGAUUUUAUGUCUUUAUAUAAUAAAUCUGAUGAAGUAUUUUAUAUAUUUAUAUUAUAGGAAAAACAUCUAUUUCCUUUAAUUUGGAGAGAGUUACAUUUCUUGUACUAUAAAUUCUUUAUUUUGGAAAAUGAAAUGCAUUUCUUAUAAUGUAUUGCUCAAUUCCCUUAUAUUGUAUGGACAAGAUUUUGCAUCUUAAAUAUGGUGAUUAUCCUCAAACGUGAAUUCCUUAUGUUAAUCUAAGAUCAAAUAAACUUUCUUAAAAUACCUUUAAAUGAAUGGAACUCAUUUCUUAAGAAUUCAAAAUAACUUAAAAAACACAUAUUUGAAUUACAAGCUUAAAUUUCCUAAUAAAAUGUCAAAUUGGAAAAUUAAACAUUGGAAAUUGAUUGCUAAUAAUUUGAUAUGAAAACAGAAGAAAAAUAAUUACUUUUACAAUUAAAAAUGGAAGGUGGAUUUACAAAUGUAAUUAUUUUUAUAAUAAUAUUAUUAAAGACUUCCUAAUUCAAUAGAUUCGAAUAAUUUAAAGUUCCAUAUAGAAGAUGUUUAUCCUAUUGCUAUUAUGAAUUAUAAAAAUAAGUUGAAGAUUAAAGAGAAUAAGAUGAUCAAAAAUUUUAUGCAAGAUUAAGAUUGUAACUUAUUAUAUGCAUGACAAUCAACAGAGUAUUUGAUAUGAAAUUUGAUAAAAACAAAUAACAUAGAGAUAUUAAUUUUAUUGAACUCAAAAAAACUUUGAAUAUUUCUUAACUAACAAGUCCAUCAUAGGUUCAUCAUUUCUUAUUAAAUGCAUCUCUCGAUCAAUUAAAACAAUAGACAUACGAUAUACAUAAAUUGUUUUUCAAUAAUGUUUGA